UGAAAAGGCGCCGGCCCUGUUGUGCUGGCGAACGGUGGGCCCGCCAUUUGCGGACGCGGGCGCCGGCGGAAGGUCGCUCGCCCCUUGCCGGCGUUUGGUCCCUGGCCCCGCCCUGGCGCGCGGGCCAGGAUACGCGGCGGGCCGGCCCGGGCGGGGCGAUCGAAGGUGACAGGGGGCCCCUCCGCGCCCAGUUGAUUUUUGGGCAGGCGAGUCGCAAAUCGUCGAGCGCGAAUGGGGGACCCGUGUGGGGUCUUCACGAGUUUGGUGUGUUUAUGCAGCUGUGGGGCACUGUCCCGCGCUUCUUCACGGAGCGCCGAGCCAGUCGCGGCGCCGAUAGUCUUCGCAUGCCCCAGAGCCCCCCGCAUGGAGCCCGCUAGCCGCGGCGCAGUAGAGGGGCGGCGCGAAAAAAGCGCCGGCGACCCGGGGGGGGCGGUAGGUUAGUUGCGUUCCCUGUCGCGGCGCACGCCUCUCGCGCCUGUCUCGCUGAUUCGAUAACAGGAAAGGAAGGUGAUGGCCCAGCUUUGGAAGGUGUUCGGGAAGGCGGUCGAGGGCUCCGGCAGGGCUCCUGAAAUUGCCCCCCCGUGUUAUUGGGCGGGGCCGCGGGGCGGCCCUUUUUGUCGUGGCGCGCACUCAUAUGGCGCGCAGCGCUUCCCGCGCCGCUGUUUGGAAUGCCCCCGACCGCCGACGCGAGCAUGAUCUAAAGGCGUCAAGGCUGCAGGGGGCCGGCAAUGUCCUCGACGAGAUGAGGCAGGACGCGCAGAGCCGGCCGGAGAGCUGGCAGGCCCGCCCCCCACCCAAAAAUCCCGGCCCGUCGCCUUUAUUUUUGGCGUCGUCUAGUUGCCU